AUGGACACCUAUGCUGAAGAAAAAGCUUUCCCAGUAUUGUUUGCUGGACAGAAGAGACCAAAAAGUGAUAAUCCUGUGAAGUAUAGCACUAUUUGUAAGGCAGAAUUGCGUCAUUCUGACAGGCGUUUCGCAAAUAGUACAGCUAACAUUUUCUUUAAGUUGAAAAAAUUGCAAACCUUGCAAGUGCGGGACAUCACAAUGACAGCUCUGCGAAAAAGUAAAGGUAACAAUUUAACAGCAGGACAAUUAAAACAACCAGGAGGAGUUGAUUCCAUCAUUAGACAUGAUGAAGGAUUCAACAUUCUAAAAACACUAAGAUCAUCUCCACCAUACUUUCAAAGUAAACAGAAGGAGUUGUUUGCAAUGAUAAACCAGCUUGGGCUGCCUACUUUUUUUCUAACCCUUUCAGCAGCAGAAACGAAAUGGAGUGAUCUUCUCCUUCAACUAGCACUUAAGCAAAACAAGGAUGCAAUAAUGGAAACUGUGGCAAAUAUGACAUGGAUUGAAAAGAGUGAAUUGAUACAAAGAGAUCCUGUAACCUGUGCUCGAUUCUUUCAUUAUCGCUCAGAUUUAUUCUUACAUGACAUUCUUUUAUCAGAAAACAGUCCUAUUGGCCAGGUUGUCGAUUAUUUUAUACGAGUAGAAUUUCAACACCGUGGCUCCCCACAUCUACAUUGUCUUCUUUGGGUAAAAGAUGCACCAAUCUAUGGACAAUCUAAGGAAGAUGAAGUGAUAAGUUUUAUUGACAAAAUCAUUUCAUGUUCAUCAGCAUCUACAUCAGAGAAUCUUCAGAACCUGUUAAAGUUGCAACACCAUUCACAUACAAGAUCCUGUCGUAACAAAAACAAAAAGGUAUGUCGCUUCGGUUUCCCUCUUCCACCAAUGAAUGCAACAUGCAUUCUUGAGCCACUUCCAUCUGAUAUGUCAAAACAAGAAAUCUCAACUCACAAACACAACUAUGCCAAGGUUCAGGAUGUAUUAAAAGAGGUGAAAAAGGAGGAAACCAUGAGUUUCACUGAGUUCUUAGAUAAAUGUGGAUUAGACAAACAACAGUAUCUUCUGGCCCUGAGAUCGUCUCUGGACAAAACUAAAGUAUUUUUAAAGCGAGAAAUUGCAGAUAUACGUACUAACAACUACAACCCAAACUUGCUUCAGAUAUGGAAGGCAAACACUGAUAUUCAGUUUGUGUUGGAUCCAUGGGCUGUGUGUGCAUACAUUGCAAGUUACAUGAUGAAAGCACAGAGAGGUAUGGGUUUAUUGUUACAGGAAGCUUGUCGUGAGGCAAAUGCAGGCAACUACUCAAUUCGCAAGAAGCUUCAGAUUAUAUCCAACAAAUUCCUAAACCACUGUGAAAUAUCAGCUCAAGAAGCUGUCUAUCUUCUAUUACAAAUGCCACUCACACAAAGUUCCAGGCAGGUUCUAUUUGUAAACUCAUCACCACCAGAACAACGUAUUCAUCUGCUGAAGCCUACAAACAUCUUGAACAAACUACCAGAUGAUUCAACCGAGGUAACAUGUUCAGGAUUGAUUGAGCGAUAUGCCAACAGGCCAAGCUUUCUUCAGAAAAUUACUUUAGCAGAGUUUGCUGCUUGGUUUGAUAGAUCAUACAGAAAGAGACAAACUUCUAAGGAAGAUGAAGUAGAGAUAGACACAAUAGACAACUCACUAGAUGAUAUUCCAACUGGAUACGAAAUAGAACUUGAUGAUGGACAAAAGCUCAUUAAAAGAAGUAAACCAAAGAUAUUGAGGUAUGUUAAGUAUUCUAUUGAAAAAGAUCCAAACAAUUACUAUCGCGAGCAAAUUCUUCUUUUUCAUCCUUGGACAGAAGAACAUAACCUUCUUCAGAACUGUGACUCAUACAAAACUCGUUUUGAACAAUUGAAAGAUACAAUUGACAAAGUCAGACAAAGCUUUGACAAAUAUGGAGAGACAAUAGCAAACAUAUGUCAUACUUUACAAGAACAGCAAGUUGAUGAUGCUAUGGACACUGUUGCUCCAAACUCCCGUCAAACUGAAGAUGAAGCUAGUGCUUUAGAAUGUGAUGCUCCAGACAUGCAACUCUUACAACCUAAGACAUCUUCACAUGCAAAUUAUGAUGUGGCAUUUGACAUGGGGUUAAUACCAGCUUCUGAAACUACUGAAGCACUUAUCAAGAAUAGACUUAGUGAUAACGACUAUUAUUCCCUUGUGCGGUCAUUGAACAAAGAACAGCUAUGUUUCUUAUAUCACAUUCUCUAUUCAGUGAAAGUUAGCUCAUCGCCAUUUCACAUUUUUUUAUCUGGUGGUGCAGGAGUUGGAAAAAGCCAUGUUCUAAAAACAGUUUACCAAGCUCUACUCCGCUUCUAUGAUACACAGCCUGGUCAGAACCCCGAUGACAUAAGAGUAGUUAUUGGUGCUACAACAGGAAAAGCUGCUUACAAUGUAAAAGGCAAUACAUUACACUCACUGUUUCACAUACCUGCAAACCAUUCCCUUACAUCGUACACAAAACUGGACCAUAGUACCCUAAAUUCACUGCGCUGUAAAUUCUCACAUUUGAAAAUUGUAAUCAUUGAUGAAAUUUCCAUGAUGGGGUGUAAUUUCUUCAACUUUCUCAACAACCGUUUGAAAGAAGUCUUUGGAACAGAUAAACAUUUUGGGGGAAUCAGUCUUCUUCUGGUUGGUGAUCUUUUCCAGUUACGACCUGUGAUGGAUAAGUGGAUAUUUCAAAAUUCUGAAUCAGGAUAUGGCCCACUGGCACCAAAUGUUUGGCAAGAUCUUAUCAGUUUAUAUGAGCUAAAAACAGUCAUGCGGCAAAGGGAUGAUGCUGAAUUUGCCCAUGUGUUGAACAGGAUCAGGGAAGGAAAGCACAGUGAUUCUGAUAUUGACAUGCUUCUUCCAAGAACUGAAUGCCAACCAAAUCAAGAGCAAAAUGAAAACAUUAUUUAUUUAUUUGCGACAAACAAGCAGGUUGAUGACUAUAACACACGUUGUCUUGAAAGCAUUGAUCAACCAGGAUGUGUUUCAUACGCUGCAGAUUAUACUAUUGGUAGUGUUGGACCAACUAUCAAAUCUAAAGUUCUAGACAUUGCUAAAGAUCUUCCACCUCAAAAGACUCAAAAUCUUCAACAAUCCCUUAAAAUUAAAAUCUCUGGAAAAUACAUGAUUACCCAUAACAUAGAUACUGAAGAUGGUCUUACCAAUGGAGCAGCUUGUGUUGUCAAAAGCUUUAAGAUAGUUGAAGGAAAACCUGUAGUAAUAUGGGUUAAGUUUGAAGAUAAAGAAAUUGGAAAAUCAAUGAGACAGAAAAUGAAGAAAAUGUUUUCAUCAGACAUCAAUCGAACUUGGGUACCUUUACAACCAAUUGAUCGUCAGUUUCAAGUCGGAAAGUUCAAGUCCAUUUUGGUUGUUCGCAAGCAGUUCCCUUUGAAGCCAUCUUCGGCCAUGACAAUCCACAAAGCACAGGGAAUAUCUUUGCAACAUGCUGUUGUGAAUAUGAAAGGUAGAAUGCCUUCUCAUAUGGUCUAUGUUGCCUUAAGUCGUGUCACAAAAGUAUCUGGAUUGUUCUUGACAGACUUUGAUAAAUCCAAAAUAAAAGUUGAUGACUUAGUCAAACAAGAAAUGGAAAGAUUAAGAACUGAAAAUACUUUGAUUUUACAACCAAGUUUACCAGACAUAGAAAACCAUCUUUUAGUCAUGUGUCAUAAUACACGUUCUCUUCAUGGUCAUAUCUCAGAUGUUUCAGAAGAUCAUUUCAAUUUGCUGUCAGAUAUACUUAUAUUACAGGAAACAUGGGAAGUUGACAGAGAUGACAUUGACUAUACAAUUCCUGGUUUUACUCAAGUCUGUAAAGUUUUAGCAACCAAUUUUGAAACAAGACCCCAUCGUGGUACAAGGAUAUAUAUUAAACCCUCUGUCAGAGUAACAUCACAUGAAGAACUGUUUGAUAGAGACUUUGAGUCCAUAGUUCUUAAAAUAUUGGACAAAGAUGAUAAAGAUAUCCUGAUUAUUUCGGUUUAUAAACAUCCAAAAGCCAAUCCGAAGAAGAUAUUAGAUCAUCUUGGCAAUGUUAUAACCUCUACUGACAAUAUAGAUCAUCUGAUUGUUCUUGGAGAUUUUAAUGUUGACCUUACUAAACCACAAACAUUUGUCCAAGAAAUGCAAACAAAAUUUCAGCUGUUACAAUUAAUACAUGUUGAGACAACUGACUAUCAUACUCAGUUGGAUCACAUUUAUUCCCUAGAUGAAAAUUUUCCAUGUGGAGUACUGGAAGCUUAUUGGAGUGACCACAAAAGAACAUGGAUUUGUAUUUAA